AUGGAGAAAGGCACUCUCGAUGAUAGGCUCAGUAACUUGCCUGACGAUAUUUUGCUUGCCAUCCUUGACCGGCUAGAUGUCAGAGAUGCUGCAAGAGCAAGCGUUUUCUCCAGACGAUGGCGGCAGCUCCCUGCUAUGUUAUCUCGACUUCAGAUAGACGUGCGGGAUUUCUUGAACAGGCAGGAUCGAACUUGCUACGCUAAAGAAGCUGCUAGGAGCAAUGCAACCAUAGCUGAAGUGACAAAAAGCCUAUUGUUACGCAGAGAGUUGACCGGAAACACCAUUUACCGCUUGUGCAUAACCUUCUUCUUGAGAGAAAAGGACCACAUAUCCAUUGGAUGUGCUGUUGAUCGUGCCAUGGUAACCCAAAAGGUUGAGAUAGUGGAAUUCGAUGUUUUGACUGAGACCCGUUACAUGUUGUUUGAUGAGGAACAUCUCGUUCGUUAUGGGAGACAAUUUACUGCGUUCUUUGAUGCUUGUCCGGAUGCAUUUGGUGGUCUGACACGCCUCCGCCUAGAGUAUUUGCGUUUUGGGGAAUUGGACAUCGCUAACAUUCUCGUCACUUGCAAGCGACUGAAGCAUCUACGUCUGUUCCGUUGUGAUUCAGGGGACUGUACCAUGUUGCAAGUUGAGCAUGCUCAACUCUGUGAGCUCGCUAUCGUUGAUUGUUGUUGGGAAAGGGUCGAGCUCAUCUCACUCCCUAAACUGACAUGGUUGAUCUUUGAGCGUUGGGUAUCUUCCCAAGAUCCUUUAUCUCUUGGUCAUGUGCCAUUGCUCGAGGCUGUCAGAUUCAUCAAUGUUGGUCUUAGCGGGCACGAGGCGGUCAAGUUAAGUAAGUUCCUUGGUGAUACCUCGGUGCGAGAUAGGUUGGGAUUUGAAAGCGAAAAGAUUUGGGUUCAGCCAGAGCGCCCGACGAAAGGGUUGGCAUCUGUGUUCCACAAACUAAGAUCUGUGACUCUGACUGAAAUUCCUGAAGAGUGUGAUCUCAUGUGGACAUUGUUCAUUCUUGAAGCUUCUCCCAAUCUGAAGGAGCUAUGCUUGACGGUGUGGACUCAUGCGUGCAAAAUGGUAACGGAUAAGGAGGAGAGAAGGGAACUCGGGUACAGUGAGGAGAAAGGUGUUGAGUGGGACGAACCAAGUGAUUUCCAGCACCACAAUCUGGUCACGCUUACGAUCUUCGGAUUUCAAGCUCUUGUGGCGGUGCACUAUGUUAGACGUGUCAUGAAAGUGGCGAUGAAUUUGCAUGAUGUUUUCCUGUACCGACGUAUGUUGUGCCCAAAGUGCAAAGCGAGCCCUCCAUUUUACCCGUGUACGGAAUUGGAGGGGCAAUUAUGGAAGAAGUGGAUUACCAACGGGAUGGACACCUUAGCCACAAUUCACUUCCCCAGCUGCAAAGCAAUGGGGGCUGCAUAUCCUGCAAAGCUACAGUUUCCGUAGCGUUUUCAGUCCAAGAAGGUCCUGUUGUAAUUUAUUUCUGACAAAACUGGGAAUAUAGUUCGACGUCUUCUUUUCAGGUAGUUUAUUUGCUGCUAGUCAGUAAUUCUCAAGGAAAUAGUGAUCUUCUUUUUUCUAAUAAGUUAAGGAGUAAUGGUCUUGCUUAUGUGCCAUGGCUCGUUGGAGCAUGUUCCUUGUGAUCUAGUUUUGUAGCUGCAACA